GGCUCGGUAGCCGCGCACGGGUCGAAUCAAUUGUGCUUUGCCCGCGGCUGGUCGCGCAGUUUGCGCUCUCGGAGUGUUCUGCAACGCAAAAACCGAAAGCAGAAGAACACGGCACCGUUAUAUCAGCGCUUCAGUGAACCGCUUUCUUUCCAUCGCCGCUCGCCACCGGAAAGUGCUCUAGUGCAGCACCGAAGGCAUGUCGCUUACGGUUGAGCUGUUUGACCUUCCGGCGCACCAGUUCCACCGAUUUUGGGGUGCAUCAGGAAGUCUGUGGCAGUCGCUGUGGGAUGGCUUCCUGGACAUUGUAGGUGACAAUCCGUUCCUGCUGUGGACCAUCGGAUCAUACGUUUAUACGUCGGUGGUGUACUGGACAAUCGGGACGAUCUACACCCUGCUUGACGUGACCGGCAGACCAGCGUUUAUGCGCCGCUACAAGGUACAGCCCGGUACGAACGAGCCGGUCGAUCCGGAGCGCCUCCGGGCCGUCAUCAAGCAGGUGCUACUAAACCAACUCGGCACCGGGCUCCCGCUGCUGGUGGUCAUGUAUCGGCUGCUCCCGACCCAGAGCCGCGAAAUGAUCCGCGAGCUGCCAACGUUCGUGACGAUCGUGUGGCAGCUGGCCGUAUGUGUGCUGAUCGAGGAGGUGCUGUUCUACUACAGCCACCGGUUGCUGCACGAUGGGCGCAUUUACCGCUACAUCCACAAGCGGCAUCACGAGUGGACGGCACCGAUCGCAAUAACCGCCAUGUACGCGCAUCCGAUCGAGAACGUGCUGAGCAACCUGCUACCGAUCGCGGUUGGUGUGUGGACGACCGGCUGUCACAUUUCCGUCGCCUGGCUCUGGUUCACGCUGGCUAUCUCCAACACGCUACACGUCCACUCGGGCUACCAUCUGCCGUUCCUGCCCAGUCCCGAGCAACACGACUUUCACCACCUCAAGUUCAAUCAGUGCUACGGCGUGCUCGGUGUGCUCGAUUGGCUGCACGGCACUAGCGACCUGUUUCACCGCUCGAAGCAAUCAAAACGGGACUACAUACUGACCACGCUCGAGCCGGUUCGUGAAACGUACCCCGAUCAGUAGGAUCGCGCGGUCGCGCAGUUCGCAGUUCGCAGCUUUCCUGCUGCUGAGGUGAUAUUACCAAGCGAAAGCGAAGGCACACAAGAACUUGUGAAUAUUGCUUGUCGUCUAUUUGAUAGUUUUAUAUGCGGAUAAAAAGAAAGGAUACUAAAAAGGAAAAAACAUUCCGUAGGAAAAGAGCUAAAAAAAAACCUCACCUAGAGACGAGUGUAACUUUCUCUUUGUAACACCGACCGACAAGGGGGUCAAAAAAUCAAUCACCCGUAACUUGCGGGCCUUAUACACAAUGGAUUACAUACAACGACGCACGGCGCAACAGGAUUACUUAGAUUUUAAAUUUACAGCGCGAUGUUUCACUAAACUUACGAUCCUGGGGAUGAUUGAUACGCGAG